AAUUCUUUCGACGAUCAAGAUUUCAUCCAAAGAAUUAUCUUACUUGGUCUAUCUGGUCCCACCCAAACUACGUGGACAUGACAAGAAAGGCGUAGAGGCUUCUCGAAACGCCCGGAGCACCAAUGUCUCGUUUAUUAGUGGAAUAGAUAUAAUACCACGCUGGAAGCAACCAAUGAGACACUUCCAGAUGAAGGACUGAUCUAUCGCCAACGAUAAAUACACUCCCACCCUCACUUUGGACACCGGAGUUUGCUACAUAUCUCAGCUUCAAGAAGCAGACGCAGCAGCAGCAUCUAAUAUGUCUCUCGUCCACAACAUGUUGUUGGGUCGUCACAGCAACAUCUUCGAUGCACUCCGUGGCUUUCCCUCGGAUGACUCCGGCGCAGACGACAUCCACAUGGACUGGAAGGAGACCCCGGAGGCGCAUGUCUUCAAGGCCGACCUCCCGGGGGUCAGAAAGGGGGACGUGAAGGUGGAGGUGGAGAACGGCAGGGUCCUCUCCAUAAGCGGCGAGCGAAGCGGGGAUCCGAUCGAUGACAAGGAGAAGUGCGAGUGGCACUGCUCGGAGAGGAGCCGCGGCAGGUUCUACAGGCGGUUCCGGCUGCCGGAGGAUGCGAAGGCCGAUGAGAUGAAGGCCUCCAUCGAGAACGGGGUGCUCACCUUGAUAGUGCCCAAGCGGCAGAUGAAGAAGCCCGAGGUAAGGUCCGUUGAGAUCACAGGCGGAGCAGCGAGCAAGAAGAGGGGCAAAGAGAAGGACGUCGUUUGCUGCAGCUUUUGGCCUCUCUGAUUUGGGUGCAACUGUUGCCUUGGAAGCUCUCGUUCAGCAGUAGUUUUUGCCAAGUACUUCGAGUGACUUUUGUGGUGUCAUUUGCACGUAAAUAUUGGUUUGUGCAUGGUGAGAAUGUACAAAAGUGCUUUUGGAAUUACAAAUCUUAACGUGUUCUACGUAUGCUUGAGCCCAAGUCCGAC